AUGGAGUCAAUUCAAGAGUUCCGGGAACAAGUAUCCUCUCACCAGGAUUCAUCCGCCAUAGAACUAUCUCGCUCAGUUUCAACUGCCUCUUCCGUCUCCCUUUUCUCAAUGGAUUCAUGUAGCACCGGAAGAAAUUCUUUUGGUAGUUCCACAAGUUUUGCAGACACCACGGCGUCACAAUCAUCAUUAGCAAGUGGCUACAGUAUUCGGCGAUCGAUUGGGAACUCAGACGGACAUAUUCGACGCGGCUACGUCAGACCUCAAGGAACAAACUUUGCAGCUUCAGCCAAAUCAAGAGAAAGUGUGUUGAGCCUUGGUAGCAUAGCACAUCUGCAGUACUACUUUGCUCGGACAGGCCUCCUUGAUGGGAAAGGAGGAAGACUUGCUCGGAAGAAAGACAUUCAUGCCCCAGAAAUGGCAGACUUGGACACAUCAUUUAUAUCAUCCUCCCACUCCGAAUAUGAAGCUAGCUCACCCGAAACAUCUUCAGGGAAUAACAUUGACCGAUACGAUAUACCACGAGAAGACGAAGAAGAAGAAGACUACACAAGUGAAGAUGAUGAACAUCCGCACAUGUUACCGCCUACCGUCAGCACAUACAAUCAUCGCGAAAAGUACAUUCCACGGCCUCCAUCUCUCGAAGAGUUGCGCCACGAUCUAGAGACUGCUUUAUCUAACUCAGUAGAAGUCUUGGAUAACCUUAAUAAGAAUUCGCCCUCGACGACAUCAUCACCAUCUCGUCGCAGUAAAUCUAGCAUGGAAACAAAAAAAGAAAAUACUCCUGGUGGUGGUUGGCAUGAAGUACAGGGUAUGCACGUCCUAGAUAUUAUGACUCUUGCCCUCCGCGCUGCAAAGAUGUACUAUACAGCACACAAUCAGCCUACGCGGCUUGCAUCUAUUACUACAGAACGAAAAAUUCGUAGCGAGAUGAUCUCUGUCAUGGAAGUGUUGAGGAAAAUGGCCACUCGUAAUUUCACAUCAGGUGUCAGAAUAGACGAAUUUGAGACAAUGAAGCGAUGGGUUGAAAGUAUAUAUGAAAUUUUACGUCAGGAAGCUGCUAUGGAAGAAAGUGAACGAGCACAGUGUGCAAACUGGAAGUGGCUAGAUGAUUCUAUGGCCUGUGAUCCAGUAGAGCGAGAACUAGCAUUUAUUCAAUCUAUGGAUCCUAACCCUCACACGCUUCCUGAAUUCAAAUCAGUUGAUGACGUCUUAGAUGAAGACCUCCCCACAGAGUUCCUCAGAGACUUCAGGACAGGACUCAGAUUAGUAAAUUUGCACAACGCAGUGGUGCGGAAGAGUAAAAGGUCAUUUGGAGCGAUUGAAAAAUGGCAUACAGACUUUCAGAAACCAUAUCGAUGCUCGGAAAAUCUUCAAUACUGGAUAAAGGCAGCUGAGCUUCGAUUUGAAGUCAUAUUGCAAGUUGACGUUAUGGGUGUUGUCCAUUCUACCGACCGGGCAGUACUGAAAGAAUUUGAAGAUGCAAUAUGGAAGUGGUGCAGUACAGUUCGGCAAGAGAUUUCUGCUGAAAUCAAAUCAUAA